GGGACGGGACGGGGAGGAGCGGGCGGCUCAGUCAGGGAGUUCUUUAAAGAUGGCCGGAGCGGCGGCCGCCGCCGCGACCCCCGUGUACUGCGUGUGCCGCGAGCCCUACGACGUGAGCCGCUUCAUGAUCGAGUGCGACAUCUGCAAGGACUGGUUCCACGGCAGCUGCGUUGGGGUAGAGGAGCACCAUGCUGUUGACAUUGAUCUAUACCAUUGUCCCAACUGUGCAAUUCUCCAUGGACCUUCUCUAAUGAAGAAGAGGAGAAACUGGCACAGACAUGACUACACGGAGCCAGAUGAUGGUUCCAGACCGGUGCAGGCUGGAACACGGACCUUCGUUAAACAGCUGCGGGCUCGCUCUUUCCCAAGUGCUGAUGAAGUAAUUUUGAAAAUGCAUGGAAGCCAGUUGACACAAAGAUACCUGGAGAAACAUGGCUUUGAUGUUCCCAUUAUGGUUCCUAAGUUAGAUGGUCUGGGACUCAGACUUCCUCCACCAACUUUCUCCGUUUUAGAUGUGGAACGCUAUGUAGGUGGUGACAAAGUGAUAGAUGUCAUAGAUGUAGCAAGACAAGCAGACAGCAAAAUGAAGCUCCAUAAUUAUAUUAAAUACUUCACAAAUCCUGACCGACCCAAAGUAUUGAAUGUGAUCAGCCUGGAAUUCUCAGACACAAAGAUGUCUGAAUUAGUGGAAGUACCAGAUAUUGCCAGAAAGCUUUCGUGGGUGGAAAAUUAUUGGCCGGAUGAUUCUGUCUUCCCUAAACCUUUUGUUCAGAAAUAUUGCUUGAUGGGUGUCCAGGACAGCUACACUGAUUUUCAUAUCGAUUUCGGAGGAACAUCAGUUUGGUACCACGUUCUCUGGGGUGAGAAGAUAUUCUAUUUGAUCAAGCCCACUGAUGAAAAUUUGGCUCUUUAUGAGUCUUGGAGUUCAUCUGUUACCCAGAGUGAAGUAUAUUUUGGGGACAAGGUUGACAAGUGUUACAAAUGUGUUGUGAAGCAAGGACACACUUUAUUUGUUCCAACAGGCUGGAUUCACGCUGUGCUCACAUCUCAGGAUUGUAUGGCUUUUGGAGGAAACUUUUUGCACAACCUCAACAUUGGCAUGCAGCUCAGGUGUUACGAAAUGGAGAAGAGGCUAAAAACCCCGGAUCUUUUCAAAUUUCCUUUCUUUGAAGCCAUCUGUUGGUUUGUGGCCAAAAACUUACUGGAAACAUUGAAAGAACUGAGGGAAGAUGGUUUCCAGCCUCCAAGCUAUUUAGUGCAAGGAGUGAAGGCUUUACUUACUGCUUUAAAAUUAUGGAUGAAAAAAGAACUUGUAACAGAACAUGCCUUUGAAAUUCCAGACAACAUUAGGCCUGGGCAUCUCAUCAAAGAGCUCUCUAAAGUGAUUCGUUCUGUAGAGGAGGAAAACAGCAAACUAGUUAAAACUCAGGGAAUUCUUGGUGUGUCUCCAACUUCACGAUCUUCACAUGAAACAGCUUCCCCUCACCACUCCAGACGAAGGGUGAGGAAGCUGCGAGACCAUGCUACCAAAACUCCUUCUAAUCUGGACAUCCUGGAACUCCACACUAGGGAGGUACUGAAAAGGCUGGAGAUGUCACCAUGGGAGGAGGAUAUCGCAGGCUCGAAACUGAAUGGGAGAUUUAACAAGCCCUUUCAGCCAUCCUCUACAGUACCUGAGUGGCGAACAAAAGACAAUGAUCUUCGCCUCCUGCUGUCAAAUGGAAGAAUAAUUAGAGAUGAGAGACGUCCAUUUACAGAUCGUAGUCUUUACACAGCAGACAGUGAAGAUGAAGAUGACAGGACAAGGUCGAAAAAGUCGACUGUUAAGGUAGAAGACCAGCCCUCAGGAUUUGAAGGAGAAGGGAAUGCAGAUGGCCAGAAACCACUGAACAUGUUCUUUGAAAGUGUGAAAUCAGAACUCAGGAAUGGAUCCUCAGAGUACUCUGAUAUUUCUGAUUCAGAAGAAUCUGAGCCUGAUUGCACUACACAGCAGAAGGAUUCCUCCACAGAGGAGUCAGAAAGCUCAGGUGAUGAAGAGAAGCAGGAAGUAACAUCAAAUUUCAAAGAGGAAUCUAAGGUCAUGAGAGACCUUUGUCAAAAUACCCAGAAGCCAUCCAGAAAUGAAACUCCCAGUAAAAAGGAAUGUCCUACCUCGACAAGUACAGAAGAAGAAGCUAUUCAGGGCAUGCUUUCUAUGGCAGGAUUGCACUAUACUACAUGUUUACCAGGUCAUACUCAAAGCACAGACUGCACAAAUAAAAGAACCUCCCUUCAGGAACACAGAAGCUACGCCAGGAGUCGGCAUAAAGACAGACAGCCAUCUCAGAGCCACAAAACAAUAGAAUGUGGUAGGUCUGUGAAGGAAGAGGAAAGAGACUUGGGAACUUCAGCAUGGACUAGACACCUAAAUGAAGCUUCAAGGAUUACCCCUCAGGAUGCAAAUAAAACUCAAAAAUAUAUCAAGAAAGAGGGUACAUCAGAAGCCAAUUAUAAGGUUCAGGAAAACAGAAGCAUAGUCCACAACAACAGCUUGAGUUUUCAGCAUGGCAAAUACACACGAGACUCCAGUCUAAUUCAAGGAGAAUGUCAGCUGAGUGAUGGCAGCCUUAGCCCCGACAGGCCGUAUGGUGAAACGUCCUUGUCUGUACCACUUCAUCCAACAAAGAGGCCAGCAUCAAACCCACCCCCUAUCAGCAACCAGGCAACAAAAGGCAAACGUCCAAAGAAAGGAAUGGCAACUGCUAAACAGCGCCUUGGGAAGAUCUUGAAGCUGAACCGGAAUGGCCAUGCACGCUUCUUUGUUUAAUGUAGCUGCUACUUCUACUACUGCUGUCUUUCCUACACAGACCAGUACUGAGGUUGACAGAGCCUGGAGCUGCUGUUAGUCCUCUGCUUGAAGCAGACUUGCAUGUACCAUCUAAAACACUGCCUGAUGAACAAAAACGAGAAAGAGAAAGAAAAAAAGAAAAAAAAAAACCACAAAAAAACCCAACCCAAUGCUGCAUUUUCACUGUGCCACACCUGCUCAGCAAUAACCAUACGGGAACGGGGAAAUCUUCAGAGAGACAUGGACUGUGAGAAAUAGUCUCUCAUCAGGGCUUGAAUAUCAUUUGUUGCUGGUAGUUUCUGACCUAAUUAAUGAGGGGAAGAUGAUGAAGGUGGUUUAUCAAUAAUUUAUUUCUGAUAGAUUUUCACAACUUUUAAAUUCAUUUAAAAAAACUAUUUAUUUGGAAGACUUUUUCUGUGGGGGUUAUUAAUUUAGAUUUAAUAAUGUGAAAGUUUUAAAUUGUUUUGAUAAUGUGUGUUUGGUGCAGUGGAGAGCCACAUUAAUUGUGAUUAGUCUGGACUCCUAAAUUUGAUAUUCAGGUUAUAGUCUUAAAUAGGGGUGAGAUGCAUUAAUAAUUAUUUUUUAAAUUAAGGCAUAUGGAAUCUUAUUUUUUUUUUUCCUGCUUUUUGUAAGCUAUUGGCUGGGCUUCUGUUGACUUGCAAGUUGCAUAUUCUCUGCAAGCUUGUUUAUUUUUUGACCUGUCCUCUUUAUUAUCAGAUUUAUUUAUUUAAUGGACUAGAAGAGACUCCUAAAGACAGAAGAAUCUUCUUAUGUCAGUCUAGUAGCUAGCUUGUUUUAAACUGCACCUCUUUCCUCCAAAAUUGAGUGCAUACUACUCCUCCUGAUGAUCUCUCUGUGAUGAUUUUCUUCUGUGAAAAAGGUCCCUGAAAUUGUAUUUGUACAAGUUAUUUAAGAGUUGGUACAAAGGAGGAAAACCCAAUAUAUCUUUUUGGAGGAACGGGGACAUCAGUUAGGAUAAAUGUUUCUUCAGAACAGUUACUCUGAAAUAACUCAUAAGAUAUACGUUGCAGUCAUAAAAUUUGGCAUAUUACUUAAUGUAGCAUGGAAGAAGCAUUAAAAUGUUAUUAUUGUUCUUUAAACACAUUUUACUGAAGAGUCAGGAAAGCAGGAGAAUGUGCGUUGCUUUCAAAGCUGGGUGAGACAGCCAAUUAAAAGUCUUAACUGGUGCAUAUAUAAGCAUUUAAGUAGCUUACUGGUAUCAGAAUGAUCAUUUGUGUCAGGCUUCUUACAGAGCUGAUAACAAAUGCCCUUUCUGAAUUAUUGUAAAUAAUUUUGAUUUAAAAUUUGUAUUUUUCUGUAAUAUAAAAUUAAAUAUUUAACUUUUGAGGGACGGGGAUGAAGGGGAAUACCUUUACUUGAUUCUGGAAAAAGGGCAUUUUGUAGGGUCCAGCCAAAAUGUAGACAUUAAUAUGCUAGUGACAACUAUGUUGUUGGUUUGUUAGGGGGUUUUUUGGUUAUUAAGAGUAAAAAUACUCCUGUGUCACUGUCCAAGUCAUCAAAUUGAUUUAACUUUCCACACCAGUUUUUCCUUCCUCCAUAUUCUAUACUGGAAUAAUUUUCUCUUGUUGUAGUUUAAGAGCAAAACUCAGUUUUACUUUCCAGAGUAUUUGUGCAGAGUUAUUUUUGUUUAGGCUAGAUUAUGAAUGCCUGUAGAAAUUUAUGAAAAUAGUUCUGAUGUCAGGUGUUUUUAAUUGUUGCAGGAUCAAAACCAGUUAGCACUAUCCUGUUUCUAAAUGGAGAAGCAUCAAAAUAUAAUGCAACUGCAAGUAAGUCAGGUAGCUUUCACAGCUUUACUUCAUCUAGAGCUUGAAAAUUACAGGAGUGUUUUUUGCAGCCCAACUUUUACAUUAUAUUGACUUGGCUUGUUUUGUGACUUGUAUGGGUGACUUUUUUUACUUUUUUUUGUUGUUUGCUAAUUAAUGUUUCACAAAAGCAUUUUUUCAGUCUUUUAAAUUUUUUAUUCUUGCUUAAUUUAAAACAAGUUCUCAACCUCUAUAAUAUUGGGAAUGGAGGUAAAAAAGGAUUUCUAAGAAGUAGAAGAUAAGCUAAGAGGUACUCUAAGGGUGCUGAAAAUUACUAUAAGGAGUUGCGGUUCUCAGGUGCUAUGAUUUCCAGAAGGAAAUAGUUAAAAGAGAAUAUUUUAACUAUCUUCUAAUACGUUCUCACCAAAGUCAGUCAAAGAAAGAAAUUGUUGUCAAUAUUAGUUAAAAUUAUAUAUCCAUAUGAAUUUUCUCUGUGUUUAAACUUGAGCAAAUGCCUACCAGGCUUUGGAAGCUGUUUUAGCUUCAGCAUAUUGAACCAAACUGUUUCCUUCCUGCUAGCUGAACAAUUUCUAAUAAUAGAAAAUUCCAGUUUAGAGCAGCAAUCAGAUUCAGAGCGGAAUGAAGAAUGAGUUCUCUCUCCUUAAAGGCAGAUUUUUAUCUGAAGUAAAAGUAUGCCAGAAUAGAAUCUGGAGUAAGGAAUUUUAAAAUAUGGGGUAUGCUUUCUUGUACAUGUGACUGGCUUAUACAGAGACUCUUUUUUGACCAUCCACAUUAUUUAUCUGUACCUUACUGUUGGAACAUAGAUAUGGCUGGACCCAUAUAUAUUAUUUCUUCUUGGUUUUAUUCUUUCUUUUACUCUACUUUCUACCUUUUUCUUUCCAAGUGGCUCUCCACUGUCAUGAAUUUAUGUAAUAGUCUCUUCACAGGCUGUCAACAGGCAGAGGUUCAUUCGCAUUUUCUUCAGAUAAUCCAUGCUUCCAGCAGAAUUUAAAUCUGAUGUUCCACCUUAGAAUAAGUAAUUUAAGAGAAAUUGCCAUGAUGAGCAGUAUUAAAAAAAAAGAAAAAAAAAGAAAAAAAAAAGAAAAACAACAAAAGGGGAAAAAGAAGUCUCCUGGUAGCUUAUGAAGAGGAUGUGGUAACCUCACUUGUUUUGUGUACUUGUUUGUAGGGAUAUUUUUAUUGUGUUCUAGAUGAAAUCACUUCUGCACCAAUCUUUCUGUAGAUGGACUGAACCUUGUGUUGUUGUAGUGGAGAGAAAUACCCCAGUUUUCUUCCUUGCUGUCUCACUUGGAGUAGAAGAGGGAGGGAGUAGGGAACACUGGCUGGACGACAGAGAAUCAAGCCAGCUGUGGUAGUUCGUUUUCAAGGAUAAUCUUCUUUGAAAAGUCAGGGAACUUGGAUUUGGCAUAAUUUUUUUUUUUUUUUGUAGACAGAACAAUAGGAAAUGAAAUAUUGUAGGGGUUUUCCCAGUCUCUUAAGUUCUCAUAUUCCUACAAUGGAAAAAAAAGAAACAAACAGGAAAAUGGAAAGACCACCUAGAAACUAUAUCAAAGACUCUUCCAGCAACUUUCCCUUUUCUUCUCCUACUAUACUUGCUAAUAAACCCUGGCUACAGGGUAGCCUUUGUUGACCUCUGAGGUAGAUUACCUAUGCAACCUGUAAUACUCUACAUUAAUUCAUUCUUCAAGAGAAUUUUGAAAGGGUUAGAUGUUGAGAGUUAAAAGUGUUGUUUUCUGAUCACAUGGGAGGCUUUGGGGGUUUUGAUUUUUAUUUUUUUUGGUGGUUGAAGUGCUUGUGUUACCUUUGGUAGAGAUGUAAGAGAACACAGUGUCAUUAUAACAUUUUCCACGCUUCAGCUUUCCCUAGGCUUUGCUAUAAGGCAUAAGCUACUUUCAUUCACAAGGCCAUUAAGUUGUAAAUGUUGAAAAUUUUUGCAGGAUUUCAAAGCCAGAGCUGAUGAGAAUCUGGCCAACCCCCUUUUUGGUAGUUGUGGAGACUAAGCAGAACUGAAACUAGAAUGACCCGGUAACUAGUGCCCUAUUUAGGCUCCACAUGCCCACCUAUCUCUUCAUACUCCCACCAUGACCCCAAAUCUUGUGUCUUUCCAGAGAGUCAUUCACGUAACACUUCCAGACCAUUAAAAGCUGUUUAUAGUUCUGGGGUUGAGUGAUCCCAGAGCUACUCUUUCACAGAAGAAAUACAAAUGGAACCGAGGGCCUUACUAUUUGUCGUUAAACAAGAUUAAAAGCUGCAACAUCCAUUUUUCCAAAAAAUAAACCCAACAAAAAAACCCCUGGUAACCCUCUUUGUGGGAGCCUAUGAGUGAUAAGUCAUGCAGUGGAUGGGAAAUAAAAGUAGCACUGAUAAGGAAAUGCAUAUUCUUUGUAGGCUGCAUUUCUGUUUGGAAAAAAAAGACUUUUUCUACUUUUAAUAUAAAUUAAGCCAUAAGAGUUUCAUGCUGUGGGAAGGGAAUGAAAGGGAUCACUUUAAGAGAUUAUAUUGAUAUGUAUUGUCACUUCUGCUGGGAAAUGUCUAUUGCUGCCAAUGCUUGGGUGAAUUUUUUUUUUUUU